CACCACCGGCACGUUAGCCGACGUUAAACCGUUAAACCCGGAGGAAGCAGGAACACACGGGGCGGCUUGUGAGCAGCAAUCACGGCUGUAAACGGGUUGUGUUCACCGGGACAGAGGAACCUCCAGGACUGCACCGGGGAUUCGUCACUCUUAGAGCCGGGACUGGAGCUCUGUCUGCCGGGGAGAGGCGCUGCCUGCCGCGGUGUGUGUGUGUCCGGAGGCCGGCUGAGGGGAAGAUGGAGACCCCAGUGUGAACACCUCAGCUAAGUUAAUCAAAGCUCUUCUGGGUCGGCUACACUCAGAAACGUCCAGAACCAUGGAUCAGACACUGUUUAAUUUAUCAGGCAACGGGCGCAUCGUCGCCGGCCUGCUGGUCAACCUGCUGUCCUCCAUCUGCAUCGUCUUCAUCAACAAAUGGAUCUACGUACACUACGGCUUCCCCAACAUGACGCUGACCCUGGUUCACUUCGUGGUCACCUGGCUGGGACUCUACAUCUGUCAAAAGAUGGACAUCUUCUCUCCAAAGAGCCUCCCGGUGCGCAGGAUCGUGUGGCUGGCUCUGAGCUUCUGUGGGUUUGUGGCCUUCACCAACCUUUCCCUGCAGAACAACUCCAUAGGCACGUACCAGCUGGCUAAAGCCAUGACCACGCCCGUCAUCAUCCUCAUCCAGACCACCUACUACAAGAAGACCUUCUCCACCAAGAUCAAACUGACACUGGUGCCCAUCACGUUAGGGGUGAUCCUGAACUCGUACUUUGACGUGCGGUUCAACCUGCUGGGGACGGUGUUUGCAUCACUGGGUGUUCUGGUGACGUCACUUUACCAAGUGUGGGUUGGGGCUAAACAACAUGAGCUUCAGGUGAACUCCAUGCAGCUUCUGUACUAUCAGGCUCCUCUGUCCUCAGGCUUCCUGCUCUGUGUCGUCCCUCUGUUUGAACCGCUGACUGGAGACGGAGGAAUAUUUGGACCCUGGUCUCUGCCCGCUCUGGUAACGGUGCUGUUCUCGGGUGUGGUGGCGUUCCUGGUCAACCUGUCCAUCUACUGGAUCAUUGGAAACACCUCGGCUGUCACCUACAACAUGUUUGGUCAUUUUAAAUUCUGCAUCACUCUGAUUGGAGGAUACCUGCUCUUCCAUGACCCGCUGUCACUGAACCAGGCGUUUGGGAUCCUCUGCACUCUGGCGGGCAUCCUGUCCUACACUCACUUCAAGCUGGCUGAGCAGGAGGAGGGGAAGAGUCGACUGGCUCAGAGACCGUAGGCUGGUUCACCUGUCAGUCACCUGCACAGACUCCUGACCGGCCACCGGCUGCACAGACCUCUUUAUAUAUUUUUAUAUUGCUAUGAGUACUUUUCAGGAGAGUAAAGAUUGUCGUCAUGGUUCACCGACACGUCGGCGCAUCGUCGGCUCUUCACUCUCCUCCCUGCGGCGGCUGCAGCAUGAAAAGCUUUGAUAAUUAAAUAUUAAACCAUCUUUGUUUCAUCCAAAGCAGAUAUACGAACACUUUACCAAACAGCUGUCACACAGACUGACGCAGGAGGGGUUGUGCUGUUUGUGGCGAGCCGUUAAUGGACUGGACUACAGGUUUGUGUCAUCACAGGGUGGGCGGAGUUACAGGACAGACUGUUCAAGAGCCUUCGAGCAAAGCAUCAAACCUUCAUCUGCUGCUGGACGCACACGCUGCCGUCACAACAAUAUAAUAAUGAUUAACCCUUUGAAUCCUAGAGCGAUGUCACUUUACGGCUUUCAUGAAUAUUGAACCCUGAGUGAAUUGAUUACUUUCAGAAACAUGGGGAAAAAUAGCAACGAGCAACUUGGUGAGAAAUGCCCGAAAAAUUGCAAAAAAUUUAUAGAUUUAGAAAUUUAAAAAAUAACUAGGGAAAAGCUUGAUUUAUAAUUAUUAUUAUUACAUUUUAAAAUUAUUUUUACAGAAUUGUUUUAAAUUUUUAAAACUUUUUUUUCAACUGAUCUUCUUGUUUUUCAUUUUCUCUGUUUAUUAAUGUCUUGCAAAUUUUUGGGGUAAUUUCGUCUUUCGUUCGUUGCUCAUUGCUUCUUCCAAUAUUUUUGAAAGACAUGCCAGUUUGCUCGGGUUUCAGAGGGUUAAUAAAAUGCGAGCACAAAAUGUUUCAACGCGGUACUUCAUCCUCAGUGUCUGUACUUCAAUACUUUUUUGAUACCACGUGUUUAAAAUAAAACGAUCUCUGUGAACUCUACAUUCGAUCAUCGAUUCGUAUCCAGAGUUUGUAAUAGAUUUCUCUUUUUUUAAUCGAAAGUGUUUACGGUCUCGUUCAUUGUCAUUUUUAUUCAUUUUCUUCUUUAUUUUUCUUUUAUUUGUAGCAUUUUUACAGGACUGAGGCUGUGAUGAGGAUUUUAUUACAUUUUUAUUUCUAGUUUUUUAUUUCCUUCGUGAGAAAACAUUUCAGGAGGUGGUCUGAUGCACUGUCUCUGUGGGGACGCAGCAGGGACGAGGUCGCAACAGGAUCUAAAGUCUAACUGUAUCAGUACAGAGGUUCAAACUGAGCAUGCUCAGUAGGUCUGAAUCGUCAGUGCAAAACUCUUCCUGUCGUCAUUUUUACUUCACUGUGUUCAAUGUUCUCAGUCUGCUGAAUAAAACCUGAUGUGAUGACUUCA